UUGAGUUCCUGUACCAAGGGUCCAUUGCAGGCGACUGCUUUGCCAGGGCUGUACAGCAGGGCAGACUGGGAGCUGUUUGCUGCUAAAGGUGAACCAUGUUUCACAGGCUUCCUCUGCCAUGGAGGCUCCCCAGAAUGGGACUCUGCUGUCUGAAAGCCUCUUUCUUCUACCUAGAGCAGCGGAAACACUUCCUUCCUCUCGGAGAGGACAUGCAAACACUCCUCACAGAGCAUCAUUUAUGCUCUCCCCCCGCAAUGAAACACCCGUAGGCACCCUCCUCCUGACACCCUCACAGAUGAUGGCCAUGCACAUCAUCUGCAGCUUGGCUGUGGGGAGAGCCCAGCUUGCAGAGCAGAGAUGCACAGCCUACUUCAAAGUAACCUAUUUGUACUGUGGUGUGUUUUUAUUAGCAAGCAGGGGUGUUGCUGGCACGGAGGAUUUAGUAAUGUCCAAAUACAGGCAAGGAAGCUACCUUGCUUCCACCCAGGCUGGGACAGAGGGAAAAGCCAGGCUUUUCAAUGUUCUGCCCCAGACUGGGGUGUGCUGGUCCUGUCCUAACCCGUGCGGGCAGAGCAGUGCGGUUGGACUAUUUCAGGGCAUGUGUGUGUGCACAUGUGGAGGUUUGCAAACUGCCUCUCGUGUUACCUGAGAGCAAGUAGGGGUGACCUGUGCUGCUGGCUUAUUGCAUUGUUUGGAGUAAAUAAUCCAUUCUGCACCAAGAAACACUGGGGUAUAUGUGGUGCAUGUGUAUGUACUCACAUAUAUGAUUGCAUGUACAUGCCCAUCUGCACGUGUUCUUGUCCGUGUUUUCCGGAGUUUUCAUCCCCCGGCCAGCAGCUGGAAGAAGUGCUGGGGCUGGGAUCAUCCCUGCGCACCUCCAUUUAAUGUUUCCUUCCUCCCUUCUGUAAGUGUGUGUGGGGGUAUGAAAAUAGCCAUGUCCUCUCCUUCUAGCAAGGUGUUUUGUGCUCCUGCCCUGAGGCGGAGGGAAAGGCUGAGUCCUGGCAGGGGAACGGUCCCGUGUGGGUUUCAGCACACUGGUCCAUGGCACGGGGCAAACGCCGCUCCCAAGUGCACCCCAUAGGAGUAUGCCAUCCCUGGGAUGGGGCCUGGCGCUUGGCGUGGGCGAUUCCGUAGUUGUUUGUGUGUGUCACGGCGGGAAGUGUGUGAAUGGAAUAAAUUUAGCAGUCAAAACACGGGGCCAGCACAGUCAGUCAUUAACCGACAGCCCAUCUCGUCAUCCUGCAACCACAAGGAGCUUUUUUAGGGCCGGCGUCCCAGUGGAGGCCAGAGGAAGCGUGGGAGGCCAGUUCCCGGUGACACCUCCGCGCACGGCAGCGCUGCCCGCCGGUGCCAUUGGCUGCCCCCUGCCCGGGGCCGGCACCGGCCAGCAGUUAAAUGCCCGUGCCACCACGCCAGGGCACACAGCCCGGGGCAUCUCAGCACAGGCAGCCAGCUUGCCCCAUACUGACCACCAGAGGAGACACCAGCUUGCACCAUGCCUCAAGCCACAGGGACCACAACUGACAUGAGGGCUGCGUUCCUGGUGCUGCUCCUCUGGGCUGUCGCCUGCGCUUAUCCCGUGCCCGGCCACGAGUCCGCCCACCCCCACCACAGUGCCCAGCAGGAGGACACAGAAAAUGAAGAUUACAUCAGCAAGCUGGGCAACCUCCUGGGUGGUGGAGAUGGCAGACUUCAUCCUGCCAGUGUGGAGAGGGGGGAAAAUGCCCUUGCCAGGGACCCAGUGGGUCGGAACGCCGUGGGCAAGGAGCUGAGUGAGCACGGUGGCCAAGACAAGGGAGGAAGAGUUGGGGAAGCUCAGCACCUGAACUGGGUGGACCACAAGGACAAGAGUACCCAGGAUGGGAACAGCCUUGGUUUCCUGGAGGAAGAUGCACAUGAUGCUCAUGAUGGUGACAACAGAGAGAACCUUGGCACUGGAAUCAAUGGACUUCCCUCCCAUGCUGGCGGGCUCCUGGACGAGGAGGACGACAGUGGGGACGACACCUUCAACCAGCACGGGGAAGAAGAGGGAGGUGAAGGUCCUACUUACGUGGCUGGUGCUGAUGGGGCAGGUGAACGCAGCCAUGAUGUCGGCCGUGGAGAUGCCAGGGCUGGUGGAGGGCAUGGCGACAGCAGCAGCAGUAGCAGCAGUGAGAGCAUCGGGGCAGACCACCGCCAGUACAGGAACUACCUUGGCAGCCGGUAUGAGCAGACCUACAGGUGGGGAGGGGGUAGCAGCAGCAGCCAAGAGGAGGAGGAGAGCUACAACUUUGAGGAUGAAGCCAUGCAGGGCGAUGAUCCCUCUGUCUUUGACAGCCCAGGCAGCAGCUACAAGGGGCGCCGUGCUGGCCCUCGUGCCCCAGCGAGCAGCCGAGAGAAUAGCUGGGGGGCUGGCUCCCACCACUGGGAAGAGGGUGACAGCAGGUCCCCGGAGGUGGAGGACGCUGACUCAGGAGAAGACAGCCCAUCCACAGAGGAUGACAGUCAGUCGGAAGAGCCUAUCGCCAGCAAGUCAGAGGAAAACAGUGCCAGCCGCUCUAGGGAGGAUGGGGAUGGUGAGGACAGCCCCUCCAGGGAGGGAGAGGGCAGUGAGUCCAGGGAGGGCACUGUUGACCAGUCAGAUGAAGAGCUGGGGGAAUCCCCAGAAGAUAGGUCCCAUGAGGUGGUGAGCACAUCGAGUGAGCGCAGCGGCACCUGGUCUCGGGAAGGGCAGGAGGACCAGGAGUCUCCUGAGGACAGGAGUGCUCCAUCUGUGCCUGACAGUGAGUCUGGUGAAGACGAGGGCGACCAGAGCAAGUCCAGGGAAGAUGAUGAUGACCAGAGCCAGUCCACAGAGGACACUGUGGAGGAGUCAAAGGAGGAUGAGAAUGACUCCAACCCUGAUGGGGAUGUGCCAAGCACAUCAGCCGAGAGCCAGAGCGCAUCCCCAGAGGAUGGUGGCAGCCAAGAGGACAGUGUAGAUGAGGACAGCAGGUCCACAGAGAGCAACAACAGCGAGUCCCCGGAAGACAACGAUGAUGAGGAGAGCCAAUCCCAGGAGGAUGCCACCCAUGAGUCCAGCAGCCGUGGGGACAACAGUUCGCUGCAGAGCCUGGAGAGAGAGAGCCGCAAACGGCAUCCGGGCGCCUACCGCAACAAGCCUGCUGCUGACUACGAUGACAACGAUUGUCAGGAUGGGUACUGAUGCAUGCCCCACAGCCUUGUCGGUGCUGGGGGGCAUGGAGGGAGGAGGGGUUUAAUUUAUUUGCUAUGUAGCCUGGUUGACUUCUUCCUGAGAAGGUGCUGUGGAUAAAAUGGAGGCAGGUACGCCAAGGCACACUACACAGGGCAUGAUGGCAGACACAGGGAAAAACGCCAAACCCCAGAGAGAAAAGGCACUUCCCAUACCAAAGCAGAGAGCAGCUGAGAGCUGCAGGAGCCAGCAGGGUGAUGCUGCCCACUGGCCUCAAGGGCACUGUGUUGGCUCGGCACUCUGGGAGCUGCGCCUGGGCAUGGUGGGCAGAAAGGUCCCUGUGUUCAUCCCUUGUAUUUACCUACCACUGCCCCAAAAUUGUCUGCCCAGACUCCAAUGGGAGCUUUCCGUUAGCUCCACAUCCUGCACAUAAGGAGGAAAAGCUACAGCUGGUGUGCACACGCUGUGCGUGGGCUCAGCGGUGCGUGAAGUACCACUUCAUAUGGGAUGUAUGUAAUAUUUUGUAAGAAAUGUACAGAAAGCAUUAUGUUGUAUCCUUUUUGCACUUAUAUUUCAAAGCUGAAAUGUACCCUGUUGAUUUC